AUGGGUACCCUUGCAGAUCUACUCUAUUACAGAUUCAACCGGACCGGAGGAAUAUUUGACUUGGACAAAGCCAUCCAGAUGAGAAAACAAAUCGUUCGUUCUACUCCAAAAACACAAAACGGCAGACCUGGAUACCUCAAUAAUCUCGCCAACCUCCUUCUCGCACGAAACACUCGAUCAGGAGCACUCUCAGAUUUGGUAGAAGCCAUUGACCUCAUCAGACAGGGCAUCAAAGACACACCAAAGAGCAAUGUUUAUAAGGGAUCAAUGCUGGCUACACUUGCAGCAAUACUCGGGACUAAAGCUGUCCAGACAAGCGAUGACAAAGACCUGGACGAAGCCAUAGAUGUCGCGUACCAGGUUGUUCAAGUUGUUCCACCUGCUCAUCCCGAGAGAGUCAAAUAUCUGCACAAUUUGGCGAAGUUGUUGAGAAUGAGAUACUCUCGGUCAAUGACGGCCAAAGACCUCAAAGAAGCCAUCAAAAUCGCUCAAGAGGCUGUUGACACAGCUCCGUCUGACUUUCCUGACCGAUAUUCGUUGUUGAAUAUACUCGCAGACUUGGAUCAAGCUUACACUGUUGCCAAAUUCACCGUCGAGUUGAUUACCCUGUUGAACUCGCGUUCCAUACAAAAUGUCGACAAGCAGACUCUGCUUAUGCAAGCUGUUGCCAUUGCUUCUGAUGCUGCGGCUAUUUCUUUGUUGCAUAACCGAAGCACAAUCGAUGCUGUACAGCUGCUGGAAACUGGGCGCAACAUCAUUGCCAGUUCGUUGCAAGAUUUGCGAACUGACUUGUCCAUUCUCCAAAAAGAGCAUCAAGAUCGAGCCAAUCGCUUUGUUCAGCUUCGUGAACAACUUGAUGUGCCUGUUACUAAGAAUAGCCCUACAGAGAAUAAUAACUCUGGGCACCCUUCACGUGAAGCAGACCGACGGCGCGGUGCCGAAGAGAAACUAAAAGUCCUUAAAGAUAUCAGAGCUCAAUCUGGUUUUGAAGAUUUCCUGCUUGCCCCAUCAGCCACAGAUCUGUUGGCAACGGCAAGAGAUGGGCCAAUUGUGAUCAUAAACGUCAGCCAAUUCGGUUGUCACGCCUUGAUUAUCCAACUCUCGGGUGCAAGCACCGUACCUUUACCUUCUCUCUUCUGGGACAAGAUCCAUCGUCGUGACCGUGGCUCGCUAGAGACUCUAGAGUGGCUCUGGAAUGCCAUUGUCUCCCCUGUUCUCAACGCCAUGAGCAUUACUCAAAACCGUGCAGAUCGUGACUUGCCUCAUAUAUGGUGGAUCCCGACAGGACGGCUUGUGGGGUUUCCACUCCAUGCUGCUGGAUACCACUUGGACGACGGGUUAAAGACGGCUCUUGAUAGAGUGGUCUCAUCCUACACACCUUCUGUGAAGACACUCAUCCACAGUCGCCGACAGAGGGGUUCAAAGCUCCAGGCUCAGCACUUUGAACAAAACCUUGUUCUGGUUGCAAUGGAAAGUACACCUGAACAGGGCCAUCUCGACUACGCAGCCGAAGAGAUCCAGUCUAUCCGCGAUGUCACAAAGAGUUCGACAAAGAUAAUUGCUAAAGAACCGCCGACUUUCAAAAACGAUGUUCUGUCGGCUUUGAGAUCUUGUUCCAUUUUCCAUUUCGCAGGCCACGGCGGGACUAAUUCGCUAAACCCAUUGGGUAGUCGACUUCUGCUUUCCGACUGGAAGGCUGAUCCCUUAUCGGCUGAGAACAUCCUAGACAUCAAUCUCGACCGAGAGAUGCCUUUUCUCGCGUAUUUUUUCGGCUUGCGGCACAAGUAG